CGCGCAGCGCGCACUCGUGAAGCUCGUGUGGGGAGCUCACGAACACGCAGGACCAGAGCAUCAGGAACAUACACGCAGGAAAAACACGGGAAUGUGACUGGAGUGUAAAGGAUGAAGGAUGCGUUCGCUGGAAAAGGUCACACGAAAUGCAUGAAGAGCAGUGGGAGGAAAUCUUAACGCAACUGCAACGGAUUACCAAUAACACACACACACGUAUAAAGGCUUUUUUUUUUUUUUUUUGAGGGAACAUGAAUACCAGGAAUGGGGGAUUUGAUAUUUCACCAAAGCAGGAGAGAGGACCUGACGAGAAUACUGGACAGUGAAUGAGGUUUCGCCCAGUGCUCGUCUAUGCCUUUUUUCUUCAAUGACAGGAGUGAUCGGGCUGUGUUUGAGGGUCUGAAGGCAGGAGACACGUGCUGGAGGAGUUUCUCGGCGUACGUCGGCAUCUAGCAGCAGCGGCCUUUUAAGGGACCAUGUGGAAAAACCGGCUCCUUUUGCACCAGCAGGACUGCCGCGGUGGCAGGGCUCGCAACGUUUCUCUGUGGAUAUGGAUUUUUUGUUGGUGGAUGGCGCUCGUCCGGGGACAAGGCUACUACCCCACCGUGAACACGCAGUACGGGAAGUUACGGGGCGUGCGGGUUCCGUUGCCCAGCGAGAUCCUGGGGCCGGUGGACCAGUACCUGGGAGUGCCGUACGCCGCCCCGCCGGUGGGGGAGAAACGCUUUCUGCCCCCUGAGCCGCCCUCGUCUUGGUCGGGGAUCAAGAAUGCCACUCAUUUCGCGCCGGUGUGCCCGCAAAACAUUCACAACGCCGUCCCGGAGAUCAUGAUGCCGAUCUGGUUCACCUUUAACUUGGAUAUAGUUGCCACUUACAUACAAGAUCAAAACGAGGAUUGUUUGUAUCUAAACAUCUACGUUCCGACGGAGGAUGUCAAAAGAAUAUCCAAGGAAUGUGCCAGAAAACCCAACAAGAAAAUAUGUAGAAAAGGAGGAACCCAUUCCAAAAAACAGGGCGAGGAUUUAUCCGAUAACGACGGUGAUGAAGAUGAAGACAUACGAGAUACUGGAGCCAAACCUGUGAUGGUGUACAUUCACGGCGGAUCGUACAUGGAGGGCACCGGGAACAUGAUCGACGGAAGCGUGCUGGCCAGUUACGGGAACGUCAUCGUUAUUACGCUCAACUUUCGAGUCGGCGUCCUGGGGUUUCUCAGCACAGGAGACCAGGCUGCUAAAGGGAAUUAUGGGAUUCUGGAUCAGAUCCAAGCUCUGCGUUGGAUAAGCGAGAACAUUGGCUAUUUCGGCGGCGAUUCCAAUCGCAUCACCGUUUUUGGAUCAGGAAUCGGUGCCUCUUGCGUGAGCCUUCUGACCCUGUCCCAUCAUUCUGAAGGACUGUUUCAUCGUGCCAUAAUCCAGAGCGGCUCAGCGUUGUCCAGCUGGGCCGUCAACUACCAGCCGGUUAAGUACACAAGGCUGCUGGCAGAGAAAGUGGGAUGUAAUGUGUUGGACACUUUGGACAUGGUAGAUUGCUUGAGAAAGAAGACAGCUCGCGAACUGGUGGAACAAGACAUCCAGCCGGCGAGAUACCACGUAGCCUUCGGCCCGGUCAUCGACGGCGAUGUCAUUCCCGAUGACCCUGAGAUCCUGAUGGAGCAGGGCGAGUUUCUCAACUAUGACAUCAUGCUGGGUGUCAACCAGGGUGAGGGUCUGCGCUUUGUGGAGAACGUUGUGGACUCUGAAGACGGCGUCUCGGGCAACGAUUUCGACUUUUCUGUCUCGGACUUUGUGGACAGUCUGUAUGGUUACCCAGAGGGAAAGGAUACUCUACGAGAAACCAUUAAGUUCAUGUACACGGACUGGGCGGACAGAGACAACCCUGAGACGCGCCGCAAGACUCUGGUGGCGCUGUUUACUGAUCAUCAGUGGGUGGAGCCCUCAGUGGUGACGGCAGAUCUUCACGCCCGGUACGGGUCACCCACCUACUUCUACGCCUUCUACCACCACUGUCAGAGCCUGAUGAAGCCCGCCUGGUCCGACGCCGCCCACGGAGACGAGGUGCCCUACGUCUUCGGUAUACCCAUGAUUGGCCCGACCGACCUCUUCCCCUGCAACUUCUCCAAAAAUGACGUCAUGCUCAGUGCUGUUGUCAUGACCUAUUGGACAAACUUUGCCAAAACUGGAGACCCCAACAAACCAGUGCCUCAGGAUACCAAGUUUAUCCAUACUAAGGCCAAUCGUUUUGAAGAGGUGGCUUGGUCCAAAUACAAUCCCCAAGACCAGCUGUACCUGCACAUCGGCCUAAAGCCACGAGUCCGGGAUCACUACCGUGCCACCAAAGUGGCAUUCUGGAAGCACCUGGUCCCUCAUCUGUACAACCUGCACGACAUGUUCCACUACACCUCCACCACCACCAAAGUGCCACCGCCCGAGACGACUCAGAAUUCCCUGUCCACCAAACGUCCCAAUAGCAAAGCCUGGCCGUUCAACACCAAGCGGCCACCAAUGUCUCCAGCGUACAACAGCGAGAGUGGGAAGGAACAGUGGAACGGGGAAGAGGAACCAGGUCCUCUGGUGGUGGAGAACCCACGGGAUUACUCCACCGAGCUGAGCGUGACCAUCGCAGUAGGAGCUUCACUGCUGUUCCUCAACGUUCUGGCCUUUGCUGCUCUGUACUACCGCAAGGAUAAGCGCCGGCAGGAACAGCACCCGCAACCCAGCUCACCACGAGCCACCACCGCCAAUGACGUGAACCGCCACGGCCCUGAAGAGGAGAUCAUGUCUUUGCAGGUGAACCAGACGCACCACGAGUGCGACGCAGGACCUCCCGGUGACGCGCUGCGGCUCGCCUCACUUCCCGACUACACGCUGACUCUGCGGCGCUCGCCUGACGAUAUCCCGCUCAUGACGCCAAACACCAUAACCAUGAUCCCCAACUCACUAGUGGGCAUGCCGAACCUACAUCCGUACAACACCUUCACGGCCGGCUUCAACUCCACCGGCCUGCCACAUUCCCACUCCACCACGCGUGUAUAGCUUUAUGGAGAUCCAGCAAAGGGAGGGAUGGGGGGAAAAGUCAUUGGUUUUAAUGAAAGCGUCAGGAUGAUGACAGAAACAAAAUGAUUUGAAUAGACUUUUGCAAAAAGCAGUGACAAGUUCUUUCCAGAUGUCAAGUUGUGCAAACCUGCCAAAACAGAACUGCUCUCUUUCCUUCGAAAAGGGACGAGCGUUUCAAGCAGUAUUUUUUCUAAUCAUCGUUUUAAGAGAAAAAAAAAAACGCCUUUCUAAACAGAAACGGGCGAAUGGGGUGAUUUUUUUUUUCUUGAUUAAAUAACAAAAAAACAAACAAAAAAACAAAAAACAAAGGAAAGUGCAUUUUAUUUCCCAUCACAGUCUUUUGUGGGAAACACGUUUCAAAACAGUGGCCUCUAAGGUGACAUCUGCAUAAUAGUGUUUGCUUUGCUUUUCGAUUUCUUUUCAAUGCCUUAUAAAGAGCUGUUUUCUCUUAAUUUGACGAUCUUUCCCUGAGAUGAGUUUGUGUGGAACAUAGUGAUCUGACUUGAGUGCUUGGAUUUCAGGAAGCCUGAGACAGAUGACUAAUAUGGAAACCGGUGGAUUGAAACGGUAACUGCAACUAAUUUUCCAGUUGCGUAACCUCACAUGUGGUUUUUACUUUUUUUUCUUCUUGGUUACACUGAAAAUCUUUUGUUUGGAACUUUUCCACACGGCAACACUGGAGAUAAAGACUUCUAAAGUUACUGUAAUUGUUUUUGUUUAAAGAAGUGCAUCUUUUACAACAAAAUUAUCUAUCAGCUCCUGCGUCAAAUUCCCAUGAAAUGCACACUUACACACAACGCUCGUUUGACCGGUGCGCAUGUGUGAGUGAUUAUGGGUACGAUCGGGAAUAUUUGAGUCUGUGUGUGAGUGUGUGUUUGAUUGCCUUUUGCCAUGUUUUUUUUUUUUGUUAAAUAUUUGUGUGGGGGUGGGUGGGGGGAGGGGCUUAUUUACCACUGCGUUGAUUUUGUUCACCACAAGUAGUCUUUCAACUGCGUCUAUUGUCGUCUGUCUUUGCGAAAUAGAACUUUUUGUUAUUUUUAAAAAAAAAGUUACAUAUGUCUAAUUUUGCUUAAGAAUUACAAAAUAAAUCUAUUAUUUUACAUGCAAGAGAAAACAAUAGCUUAAGAUUGAACUGAACUAACUGACAUGAUUCCAUUGACUUUGUAAGCGUUCCUCUUGACUGGAGACAGUGGCCUCUUUACACUGAAUAACCACGGUGUAGAACUGUCUUUCUUUAAAUAUAUAUAUAAAUAUGGGCAUACAUACAUAUAUGUAUAGGGCUUUUAUGAAGAUUUUGCUCCCAUUGACCUGAAAGUGUAAAUGACCAUUGUUAUCAAUUAUUAGGCUGAAAGCACCCAUAUUCAGAGGGCAGAGCAGAGUGUCUGUAUUAGUUUUAUCCUUGACACCGUAAUCUGAGGCCACAACAAGUGUCUUUUAUAAUAGCUCUAUAUGUAUAUUUAUGUAUAAAUAUAUUUAAUAUUUAUUUAUGUAUACCAGAUGUAUACAUGCUGAUUGUGCCAUGUGCCAAAUUAAACCAUAAAACUGGAGAAGAAA